AUGUGCGGCAUCCUUGCUUUAAUUCUUGCCAACACUUCCUCUUCCGCCGCUGCCGUCGACCUCCAUGAAGCCCUCUACCUCCUUCAACAUCGCGGCCAAGAUGCCUGUGGAAUCGCGACCUGUGCGACCGGCGGGAGGAUAUACCAGUGUAAGGGGAAUGGCAUGGCAGCGAAAGUGUUUCACGAUGGUGCAAGAGUAGUGGAUCUCCCUGGUUUCAUGGGCUUGGGCCACUUGAGAUACCCCACAGCAGGGAGCAGUGCGAACGCCGAGGCCCAACCAUUCUAUGUAAACAGUCCCUAUGGGAUCUGUCUGGCGCAUAACGGCAACCUGAUCAAUGCGCCCGAAUUGAAACAGCAUCUCGAUUUGGCGGCGCACAGACACAUCAACACCGACAGCGACAGCGAACUCAUGCUCAAUGUGUUUGCCGAUGAACUCAAUGAGACUGGGAAAGCCCGUGUCAACGAGGAUGAUGUGUUUGCGGCCCUCAGCAGGAUGUAUGAGAGAUGCAAGGGUGGCUGGGCUUGCACGGCCAUGAUCGCAGGUUAUGGUCUCAUUGGGUUUCGAGACGCGUUUGGCAUCCGUCCUCUUGUCCUUGGAUCCCGGCAAUCGGCCGACGGUCCGGGCAAAGAUUACAUGAUGGCGUCGGAAUCAGUUGCCCUGGCCCAACUUGGCUUCGACAUCAUACGGGACAUUCUGCCUGGGGAGGCCGUUAUCAUUCAGAAAGGUCACGAGCCGCAUUUCCGGCAAGUGCAGCAACGCAAAGAAUACGCGCCUGAUAUCUUUGAGUAUGUCUAUUUUGCCCGUCCCGAUUCAGUCAUGGAUGGAAUCAGCGUCCACCGGAGCCGGCAGCAUAUGGGCUUGCGGCUUGCAGCACACGUCAAAAGGGUGCUCAGUCCUCAAGACCUGGAAGACAUUGAUGUGGUCAUUCCCAUUCCAGAGACAUCUGUCACUUCAGCGUCUGUGGUGGCCAAAGCGCUGGACAAGGAAUACUGCCAAGGCUUUGUGAAGAACCGAUACGUCUUCCGAACCUUCAUCAUGCCGGAGCAGAAGGCCCGGCAAAAAGGGGUGAGACGGAAACUGAAUGCAAUGGCGAUGGAGUUCAAGGACCGCAAUGUUCUUUUAGUGGAUGACAGUAUCGUACGAGGCACGACCAGCCGAGAGAUUGUAACGAUGGCUCGAGAAGCGGGAGCAAAGAAGGUGCACUUCGCGAGCUGCGCCCCUCCGAUCACUCAUGCACACAUAUACGGUAUCGACUUGGCGUCGCCGUUUGAGCUGGUUGCACACAACUAUCAGGGGGCUGAUGCCAUUGCAAAACACAUUGGGGCCGACAGUGUGAUUUAUCAAACUUUGGAGGACUUGAAGGCAGCAUGUGUUGACGCAGCUCGAGAAGCACAAGCGCGUGAUGCCCCGACCAAUUUCGAGGUCGGCGUGUUCUGCGGGACAUACAUCACACCUGUCGACGACGACUACUUUGAACACUUGGAGCGAAUUAGAGGGCAAACGCGGAAGCUGAAGGUCAUUGACGAAGCCCGACGGGCGGUUGCCCAAGGAGUUGCAGGUGAACACCAAAUCCAGCUUGCCACAAACGGCGCAGUGGUGACCAAGAACGGCAAGGUGGUCCCUGCAGUCAAUGGCGUUUUACACGAGCAGUCGAUUCAGACGGACGUUCCGGGCUCGCACCGUGGUUCUGCGACAUCCCUGGGUUUCGAGGAGGAAAGCCCGACCGUGCGAGACCGCAUGGACAUCGCUUUGCACAAUUUGGGAGAUUUCCCCCGAAAUGAGUGA